CCAGCGAGAAAGCGGGGUGUGGUAGUUUCCACACGGGGACUUUUGACUGUGACACCCAAAACAAAAAAAGUUGGAGCCGCUGAAAAAACAAGACUGUCUUUCGACUGUGAUAAAAGCAGUAACAUGUCUGAGCUGAGUGAUGAGGCCAGUGAGUCCGAGCAGCUGGGUGUCAGUCUGUCCAUGUGGCUCGGAGAAUCCCUGGUCCGACCAGAGGAACUGGAUGUUCCUCUGGAUCUUCACACUGCCUGCUCCAUCGGCCAGUACGACGUGGUGGCAGGGUGCAUUAGGAGACAUGAGGUGAAUCUGGAUGGUAAGAAUGUUGGAGGAUGGACCCCACUGAUGUACGCCUCGUACAUCGGGCACGACAACAUCGCAAAUCUGCUGCUGGAGGCAGGUGUGAAUGUCAAUGCCACCACUUCCAAAGGUCUGACACCGCUGAUGCUGGCUGCAAGCUGUGGCAACGAAAGCAUUGCAUACUUCCUACUUCAGCACGGUGCUGAGUUGGAGCUCAAAGACUCUCGAGGGUGGACUGCUCUGUUCCACUGCACAAGCACAGGUCACCAGCAGAUGGUCAAGUUCCUGCUGGACAACAACGCUGAUGCUAAUGUCAAGGAACCAGGGUCUGGUUUUACUCCAUUGAUGGAAGCUUCUGCCUCUGGACAUGAAAUCAUAGUGCAGUAUUUCCUGGAUCAAAAGGUCAGAGCAGACGAACGUAACGCUAAAGGAGAAACAGCUCGAGCUCUUGCGAUGAUGUACGGCUACACCAAGAUCGUGGGCCUUAUUGACUCACGUGCCCCAAGGUUGAAACCAGGACAUUUUGAAGACCUGAGCUCCUCUGAGGACUCUGACAGCGCCCCUCCAAGAAUACGGCCGAGUCGAAACCGAACGAAAGGCAUCAGCAUCCACGAUGGUCCCCAGGCAAUCGCCAAGUUUCGAGUAGGAGGCACCGGCAAAGUCUGUGAACCUGCUGUGGUGCCGCCUGGUUUCAUAACAUUCCGAGAUGGUGAACAGAACGAAGGCCUCUGCUACCGUGAUGUGACAUCGCCAAUAAAUGAACUGGACGGCCAGAGCAACAGCAGCAGAGAUGACAGUCCAUUCUUUGACAACAACAUGCCCACCAUGCGGAGUAGCAGCAGCAGCAGUGAGGGCUUACCUCAGGUGGUUGCACUCAACUGGGAAGGUUCUGUGGAAAGUAACGAGGACUCAGACCAGUGUAAAAAGAGCAGCUUCCGCAGAAUGAACAAGAGUCAUCACUCCAAGGGCAAAGGUCGUCAUGGUAGCAACGAUGCAGCUCACUCUAGUGGAACAGGGAACUGUGGGAUACGCUCACAUAUGGUUCCUCCACCUUCCUACACUGGCCCAAAGGAUCUGGCAGAGUUCUUGGAGCAAAUCGGCUUCUCAAAGUAUCUCCCUGUGCUGGAGGAGCAGGACAUCGACCUGAGGAUAUUUCUGACUCUGACUGAAAAUGAUCUCAAGGAAAUAGGAAUCACACUGUUUGGACCAAAGCGUAAGAUGACCUCGGCCAUUGCGAGGUGGCACAGCAGUGCUCGACCCCCCAGUGAUGCUCUGGAACAGGCCUAUGCUGAUCAACUGGAGGCUGAGAUGCAGGAGAUGGCCAUACAGCUACACAAGCGCUGUGAGGAGGUGGAGAACCUGCAAAGUCAAGUGUCUCAGGAGAAGGAGCUGCGUACUGUGAUGGAGGGAUGUCUGAUGGAGGACAAGAUGGCGUGGAAGAGGGUUCACACCGAGCUGGUGGAGAACCAUCGAAUGGCACAGGACAUGCAUUCCACACUGACCAAAGCCAGGAGCUGCUGUGCUGAGCUGCUCUCCAGCUUCACUGCUGAUGGCAACGGAUGUUUUUACACCGAUGUGGAUGAAAGAGCAAAAGAUGAGACCAGUAAGAAAACUGCAGAUGGGCUGACAGGCCCCAGGUUUGCAGAGCUACUGAAGGAGUUGGAUUCCUAUGAAGAAGAACUGGCAGGGUCAAUGAACACAAUGCUGCAGAGUCUGAGAAGACUGAGUUCCCCCGAGAAAGUGUCAGACAGCUGGGAACGGCCUUAACCUGUUCAGUUGUUCUACAUGUUUUGACGGAGGGUGAUGUAACCACCCUGAACAAUCUGAAUGGAAUGGGAGGAAAAAGCCCAGUUUCCAGACUUGAAUGAAGCAGCCAACCUGCUGCUGCCUCUGAGUUUGGCUGAUGGACCAGAGCUGGCCACAUGUGGACAUGGCCACGGAGAGGAGCAGCCGCUGCAAGAUGACGACAAGCAGGCAGGAAGGAGAGCCGACCGUUAGACGCCUGUGCUGGAGAAUGGAGGACUCUGGAGGUUGUUAUAAUCCACGGAGGAGGAGAGAGAGGAGGCUGAUCAUGGAGGAUGUCACACUGUGAAGUACUUGUGUUCAAGAAAAAGUAUUCAUCUGUACUUCCUUCUUUCUUGAUUUAAUCUUUGGUUAUUACACCAGGUAAAAGACGUGUUUUUAGUAGUGAAGUAGCCUCUAAACAAAAUCCUGAGAUGAUUUAAUGUUC